AUGACGUCGUCGCCACAUCUCUCUCUAUCCAUCGCCAACGACCCGAUCAUUACCAUCUACCUUUCCUAUCCUCUUAAGCAAUAUCUUACAUAUUCAAAUCCACACGGGACUACAAUCAUCAUCGUAUCAAAUAUGCCUCACCAAGUUCCCACCUUCACUGACCGCGCCGAACAAUCGAACGCUGGAACCCGACCCUCUGGAUCUGCCGGCUACGCAUCAGUCGAGGCUCUUGCUACCACAGAGAACAACGCCAGCGGCCGAGUCUUCGGCACAGGCACCGGUGGCACGGUCACCGCACCAGGAUAUUCGUCCGGCUUGAAUUCUGAUGUCCUGCAGAACGCGGAGAGUGAUCGUCCCAUGAGCAAGGCCGAGGCGGAGAGAAUGUAUGAGGAGCGCAUGGAGGAGGAAUAUGCGAAGAGAGAGGGUGGUGCUUAG